GGCAGGUACCCCAAAGCAGUAAACACUGCCCUUGAGCAGAUAGAUAAUUUUGGUCAUCUUGAACUCGGUAUCCGAUCGAAUUUCCUGAAACCCAAAACUUUAGAAGACAAUUCAAAUCCCAAAAUCACCUUUUUUUGCUGAAUUCUCAAAGGCUAAGAGAAAACCAGGAGGAAAAAAUGGCUUCAGACGUGCACUGUUGUGGGGUUGAAUUCUCAUUGUAUCUCCUGAUAAUUGUGGGAUUGGUUUGUUUCGCUGGGUUGAUGGCUGGACUAACACUGGGUCUCAUGUCUCUGGGCCUCGUCGAUCUUGAAGUCCUCAUGAAGUCUGGCAGUCCUCAAGAUCGUAUACAUGCCGCAAAGAUAUUUCCCGUUGUAAAAAACCAGCAUCUUCUGCUUUGUACGCUAUUGAUUGGAAACUCUUUGGCAAUGGAGACUCUUCCCAUUUUUCUGGACAAGCUUGUGCCUCCAUGGGCUGCAAUUUUGGUAUCAGUGACUCUGAUCCUCAUGUUUGGAGAGAUAUUGCCACAAGCUGUCUGCACUCGGUAUGGCUUGAAAGUUGGAGCUGCAAUGGCACCAUUCGUUCGUGUUCUUCUUUUCCUUUUCUUACCAAUUUCUUAUCCAAUCAGCAAGGUUUUGGACUGGAUGUUGGGAAAGGGACAUGCUGCCCUACUACGAAGAGCAGAGCUAAAGACUUUCAUGGAUUUUCAUGGCAAUGAGGCUGGGAAAGGUGGGGAUCUAACUCAUGAUGAGACAACUAUCAUUGCCGGGGCACUUGAAAUGACUGAAAAGACUGCCAAAGUUGCCAUGACGCCAAUUUCAAAUGCAUUUUCCCUUGAUCUGGAUACAACUCUUGAUUUGGAAACAUUGAAUAAAGUAAUGACAAUGGGUCUUAGCAGAGUUCCGGUUUAUUAUGGAAACCCAACAAAUAUAAUUGGACUUGUUCUGGUUAAAAAUCUUUUAACAAUUGAUUCAGAAGGUCCAGUUCCACUGAGAAAAAUAAUCAUAAGAAAAAUCCCACGGUAUAGAAUCUCCUCCUUUUUGUUAUAG